UUUGUCAGCUCUACAUACCCAUCAUCACAACGUCGCCAUGAGUGCUUUAUCACUUCGCAGUUAUGGAGGCAGCCGAGGCUCAUCCUCCAUGUCUCUCGGAGGAGGGUACCAGAGUCGCAUCGCAUCACGGGCACCAAGCGUCUAUGGAGGGGCAGGGGGACAGAGUGUCCGCGUAUCUUACGCUUCAGGCACCAGGAGCGGUUUUGAUCUGUCCAGUGCGCUUGGAGGUGACAAUGGCAGCUAUGGUAGUAAUGCAGUGUCGGUCAACGAGAAGGCCACCAUGCAGAACCUCAACGACCGUUUGGCCACCUACCUGGAGAAGGUGCGCUCCUUGGAGACAGCGAAUACUCAUCUCGAGCGUCAAAUCCGCGAGUGGUACGAAAAGAAGACACCGGUCAUUAGAGAUUACAGUAAAUACGAAGCUACUCUGGUCGACCUGCGCAGAAAGAUCAGUGCUGCCACUCUGAGCAACGCCAGUAUCCUCCUGCAGAUAGACAAUGCCAAACUGGCAGCAGAGGACUUCAAAGUCAAGUUUGAGAAUGAAAUGGUUAUGCGUCAGUCGGUGGAGGCAGACAUUGCUGGACUGAGGAAGGUUCUGGACGAGUUGACCAUGUCCCGGUCAGACCUGGAAAUGCAGAUCGAGGGGCUGAAGGAGGAGCUGGUCUACCUCAAGAAGAACCAUGAGGAGGAGAUUGCUGCCAUGCGGGCUCACAUGAACGUCAGCUCAGUGAACGUGGAGGUGGAUGCAGCACCCCAGCAGGACAUGGCCAGGAUGAUGGAGGAGAUCCGUACUCAGUACGAGGGCAUCGCCGAGAAGAAUCGCCGCGACAUGGAGACCUGGUACAAGGGCAAGUUUGAUGAGCUGAACAAGGUGGUGACCAGCAGCACAGAGACCCUCCAAACGUCCCGCAGUGAGAUCAACGAGCUCAAGAGGACCUUUCAGGCCCUGCAGAUCGAGCUGCAGUCCCAACUCAGCCUGAAAUCAGCCUUGGAGGGCCAGCUGAAUGAGACCGAGUCCCGCUACAGCAUGCAGCUGAACCAGCUCCAGGGCAUGGUCAACAGCCUGGAGCAGGAGUUGGGUCGCAUGAAGACGGACAUCGAGAGGCAGGCCAGCGAAUACCGCAUGCUCCUGGACAUCAAGACCCGGCUGGAGAUGGAGAUCGCAGAGUACAGGAGGCUGCUGGACGGAGAGGAUGUCGGGAGAGCUGUCAUCACCAAGAAGGUUGAGAUUGUUGAGGUCAAAAAACCUGAGCCAGUGGUGACAAAGAGAGUGAGGACGGUGAUUGAGGAGAUGGUUGAUGGAAAGGUGGUCUCCCGUACAGAGGAUGUGGAGAUGGAGGUCCCGAAAAAAUAGAUCCCUUGCCCACCCAAACCCACCUGUCAUUAAAAGCCUAGUUCCCGCCUACAGCUAAAAGGAAUACCAGGAAUGUUAACAUGUUUUAAUCUCCUCUGGAUGGCAUCACUUUGGCUGUAUGCUCGGUGAAUGUACAGCCCUGUGCAAUCUUUGAUAAAUUGACCAUAUUUGAUAUUUAAAUUGACAAAACAAACAUGCAUUUGAAUAUCGUUGUUGAUCAAAUGAUAAUGUAUGACGUUUGGUUGAAUUGUCCCUAAAGACGUAAUAAAAGAUGUUUCAGUAUCUACCGUA